AAUGUCUUCGCCUGCCAAAUCUCAUUAUCAGCCGGCACACGAUGGACAAUUUUCGUUUAAAGAUUUAUGUGAUAGAAUGUUAAGAAUGAAAGUUGAUCAAAAUGUUUCUACCUAUCAUUUACAUGAGAUAUUUAACGAAAUACUAUCUAUGAAUUAUAAAAGUUUUACAUUUCAACGUGUAAAUACCUUAACAAGUUUCAUUAACAAUGGCAUAAAACUAGUGAAACUUAAUGAACAUCACUUAGUUAAUAAGUUUUGCGAAGCUAUUUAUAAAGUAGGAUGGGAUUUGGACGAGGUGAAACUUGUAGAUUUACAAAUUGACCAAGUUAUUAAUUGGUUUCUAAAUGCUAUUGAACAAUCUCCAAGAUGGGUUACAGGAAAAAUAUUAUUUAGUUUUUCUGUAAUCCUAAAUAAACAAUGUUACGACGCCUCACCAAAAAUUUGUGCUGCUUUAAUCUCUGAAUAUGGCUUCCUCACAACUUUUUUGUCGAUGACCAAAGAUAUUGAAAUGGCAACCGGUGUGGCUGCGUGUCUGAAAUCUUUCUUUAGAUUUGAUGCAGAUAUGCAGGAAGAUAUGAAUAUUGACUGCAGAACUAUACGUUAUGUAUUUGCUAAACUUUUACAUUGUUUAGCUAUUGAGAUACCUCGGAUGACUUCAGAUCAACUAAAGCAUCUCCGAAUGGUCACAUAUACUUUACAUCUACUUCAAAGUUUGUACAAAUUGGGAUACUUUUGGCAUAAAGAAGAAGUUUGUCAAAUACUUAGAAGAUUUUGCGUCCUUAACCCAUCUGUGGACUUUAAAUAUAUAGAUAUCCGAGCCACUAUAGACAAAUUAUAUUCUUUGAACGAUGAAAAUUACGUAAAAUUACAAUCAGUGAGGGCUAAGCGUAGCAAAUCUGGUAAAAAGAAGAAAAAACCCGAAACAACUCAAUUAAAAGCAUAUAACGUCCAAUCAAAAAUUAACUGGAAUAAAUUUUCAUACGAGUUUAAAUUUCUUUCAAACGAAGAGGAACAAGUGAUAAGUGAAGAUGCCAUGAGAAUCAUAAAUAUACCUAUUCCGUCGAAAUGUGAAUCUGUACACGAUGAAGUUAGAAUCCUAGCAUUGAAAACUUUACCAGUUGCUCUCUCCUAUUUGGACUUGUCUGAAUCUUUUGAUUUGGCAGUUUCAAUGCUUAGUUUAAAUCAAAAGUUUAAGCAGCAAAAAAGUAUCCUUGUCUUCUGUUUUGAAGCAACUGAUUUACAUAGCAGAGUUAGAACGGAAGCAAUUGAAUUUAUAACGGCCGUUAUUAGGAAAUGUAAAGAUAUAUUAUCCAAUAUACACGAUAAUGUACUGAAACCCCUUACAAUAACCUGUUCUUCAAUGGCACCUAAGGCUUUUGAAUUGUUCAUAAAUAUUCAUCAGCUUUUAACAUACAUCAUAGCAACAGAAACCAACUGCAAUGUUGUAACAGAAGCGUUAAAAAGUUUUGAAACUCUAUUAGAGAUUGUACCAUAUUCAAGAGUUCGUCCAAAGUUAUUUUAUGAUAUAAUCCAAAUGGCUAUGCAUUGCCUGAAUUGUAAUGAUAUCACUCUAAGAAUCGGUGCUUAUAAAGUAAUAGCAGCUUGUCUAAGCGUUGGCCGAGACAGUAAUGGAAUAAAUAAGCAUGUUGCUUUCGUUCUCCUGUCGAAAGCUUCUAUGCUGUUCAAAGGAUCUGUUAAGCCACUUUGUAUUGUUGAGCCUACUGUUAACAAAGGUGGAGCAUUAUUGAUGGUUGAUGUUCACGAUAGUAGAGAGGAUGUAGAAGAGGAUGUAUUUCAUCAUGGAAAACUUUAUGACUUUUUGAUGCAAGGAGAAAGUGUAAUUAAUCAAAAUGUUCUAUACGAGAAAGUCAAACUUGGAAAUUGCUGGUUGUUAUCUUUAGUAUUUCGUAUUCUAUCUGCAAAAUUGUUCGAUCUUCAAGAUGUUGCAUAUACUACGGUUGAGGGUUUCCAUGGUUUAGUCGAAAAUGAAGAAUGGGUGUACAAAGGAAAAAGAUUAGUUUCAGUUGUUGAAGUUAUAGAAGACGAUUCUUUACGAUGUCAUGGUCUAAAACUUUGGACGGAGUUUGUAACUGCUGAAAGUGUUUUAAACGCGGAAGAAAGCUUAUUACCAAAAUCUCUAGUCUACAUAAUGUGGUCUGAAAUGAUCGAAAAAUGCCUUCUGACAUGUAUAGCAGCUCAACAAUCUUCCGUUGUGACAGCCUCAGCCAAUGCUCUUUCCCAAAUAUCUCAAUCUGUGUUUGAUCUAUUUCGAUCGGAAAAAGGUCCAAUUCUUUAUUCCAUUGUUACAUCUGCUGCAAAUUCCAUUCUGACGUCGAAAUCAAUUGAUGACAAUUGCACAGCGGCAGUUUUCAAAACAGCAGGAACUUUUGCAAAAUUUCAAUGUACAAGACAAGAAUAUGGUUUUAUAGAUGAUGUUGUUCGCUUAGUUGCGAAUAUUGUGGGUCGUCAUUCGAAGAAGAACGACGAAUUAAAAAUGGUUAUGCAGCGUUGCGCAUGGUUAUUAUCAAAUGUUCUUGGUCAAAUAUCUUCAACGCCAUAUAAAGAUGUAGCUGUUGAAUUUGAAUCAUCUUUCUUUUCUCGUGUAUUGAGUAUCGUUAUUGUAAUGUGUUCAUCAGUUGACGAAAAGGUUUGCUCGAAUGCUGCUAGAAGUCUGUCUUAUUUUAUUAAGUUAAUACCGCAAAAUUGGCACAACGAAAAAAAAGUGGACGAAGUGAAUGAUCUCUUUGGCAAAGGGAUGGAAAAAGUUAAUAGGGAAGAGAAUCUACGCCAAGCGGUAAACUAUCUCAUAAGUUUCUCGAAGAAGAAGGCUUUAAAGAUUGUUUGGAAUGCUACGUUGGCUCUCGGAUUAGUUUUAAAAUAUUCUCCUUUACCGUUAGGUGCUCUAAAAAAUGAGAUAAUCGUACAACUAGUGAAGUUAGUUGCGUGUCAUACAAACUAUAAGGUUCGAAUGCAUGCUUGCUCAGCCUUAAGGUAUAUACCAUCAAUAGAAUAUAUGGAGGAGAUUUUCAACGAAGUCGUCCUCAAGGCUUUUGAGGGAGUGGAGAUUUUAGCUGCUGAAGCGCCGUAUGAAAAGUAUUCGGAUCACUUGAAAACAGAAUUGACUCGUACCAUUUUACAUUUCCUUGCUUUAUGCUCCAUGAAAGAAUUAGUGUCUCUAUUUGAUAAAUUAGAUGAGAAUAGAUUAGAGUUAAUGAGAAACUUUCUUGCUCCUCGAUGGGCUGAGUUUAGAAAAGAUUUAGUAAUCUUUAAAAUUAGAACGGGAUCAAAAGCUAUCGAAACCGAAGCUGAAGUAAAACAUUAUCAAAAUGCUAUUAAAGUCCCCGAAGCUACUGAAGAAUGGCAAACUACCGAAGGUAAAAUAGAAUUAAGAGUCGAAGACACUUUGGCUGACCUACACGGAGCCGGCAUGGAAAAAUUAAGAACAGGAUUCAUUGGAAGGAAUUUGGUUCAAUAUCUCGUUGAGAAUAAUCUAGCUCAUGAGAUUGGAGUCGUUGAUAAAACCCCACCGCAAAUGGCUUAUCUAUGCAAAAGAUCAGCAGAAGCUUUUCGAGAUGAUCGUGUACAUUUUAGCCACGCUAAUUUAAUUAAUCCAGCGUCCGUUCAAAAAGCUUUCGAUACCUGUCGAAAAGGAAAUUACGAAUAUGUUGUUAAUUGUGCGGCUGAAACCAAACACGGACAUAAUGAUGCUGUGUAUAAAGAAGGAAUAUAUAAAUUAAGCUUAAACUGUUCAAAAGAAUCUGCUAAAAGAAAUGUUAAAAAAUAUAUCGAAUUAUCAACUUGCAGAAUAUUUGAUAGUGAGAAACCUUGCAACGAAACCCACAAAGCAGAUUUUCCUUGGACUGAGCGUGACAAACAAAAACUACUGGCUGAAAGUAAAAUAAAAGAAACGCCAGAAUUAAAUUGGAUUAUACUACGUUUGGUAAAUGUCUACGGUCCAGGAGAUAUUUGUAGCUUUUUACCGAAAAUACUUGCUGGUGCAGUAUAUAAGUACUUAGAAAGAAAAAUGCAGAUUUUAUGGACGGGACAUUUAAAAACUAAUACUGUACAUGUUAAAGAUGCUUGUAAAGCUAUUUGGCAUUUAUGUGAACGAGUACCCCCAAGAAAUGUCUUUCAUUUAGCCGAUAAAGGUUCUACAAAUCAAGCAGUUUUGGCUUCAAUAGUUUCAGAGAUAUUCGAUAUUGAAUGCGAAUUUGUUGGAUCACUCUUAUCCAAGGUCGCCAAGAGUAAUUUAAGCGAUUUAAUUAGAGAAAUGAAUGAGAGUCAUUUAGGAGCUUGGAUAAAUAUUUGUGAACCAGAAAAAAUUACAACACCUUUAUCGCCUUUCUUGGCCGAGGAAGAAGUUUAUGAUAGAAAUUUGAGUGUUGAUGGUUCAAAAAUUGAAGGUACAGGUUUUCAAUAUGACUAUCCAAAAAUCUCUACAAGUUUGAUUAGAGAGGUAAUCGAAGAAUACAUUGACGAGAAACGUUUUCCAAAAUCGAUUAUAUUAAGAUAA